CGCCCCCUCCACUAUAUAACCGUAUCCGCCUCCCUUCUCUGAUUUCUGUGUACUUUCUCUCAAAUUCUCUCCUUAAUUUGCCCCAGGUUAGGAUGCGGAAAGCGACCCGGUGCCGAUCGGCGCGGACGCGAUUCCCCUCGCCGGCGAGCAACAGGGACCGUGCGGCCGUCGGCGGCGGACAGGACGGCUUGCUCACACCCUCCUCUUCCCGGUCUUCGUCGUCGUCGUCCACCUCCUCCCCCUUUCUCGGUGGUGAAGGCGACGGGGCAAUGAAGCAGAUGGUGGCGGAGAACCCGGUGGUGGUGGUGGCGCAGAGGGGGUGCUGCAUAUGCCACGCGGCGAGGCGCCUCUUGCUGGGGCUCGGGGUCAACCCUGCGGUGUGCGAGGUCGGCGAGGAGGCCGCGGCCGCGGGGGAGGCGACGGCUCUGGUCGAGGCUGCGGCCGAGAUCGAGGCCCUCGGGGGGCAUCGCCGGCCGCCGGCGAUGCUCCCGGUGGUGUUCGUCGGGGGCAGGUUGCUGGGGGGCCUGGAUCGCCUCGUCGCCGUCCACAUCACCGGCGAGCUCGUCCCCAUCUUGAAAGAAGCCGGGGAAGGUGAGACUUGAUCUCACCAGCUUUCAUUGGCCGCACUCGAUCAAAUCGAAGGCAACACCUCACCUACUUCCAUUGGCUUUGUGAGUGGGACUUUGACCAAACCAGAAAGCAUGCUCACGUCAUGAUGAUAAGUUUGAGAAUCUAUCAACUUUCCUAUGCUAUUGGAUGAUUCACUUAUUUACAUUUUUUUCGUCAUGAUGGUAUGAUUUAUUCUCAUUCGAUCGCAUCAUUAAGCUUGACUUUUUUUUUUUAGCACCAAUUCAACUUAAGAUUUAAGUUUAUAGGUUAUGGGUCAAAUAAUAAUAUAAAUUAAAGCUUUUAUUCAUUAGUGAUAUUAGAUUAUCCUCUCAGUCCAUAUCUUUUCAUCUUAUACACAUUAACAAUCAUAAAGAUUACCGCCCCACAUCUGAAAGGUCAUAUUCCCUGCCCAAAUCAAUCCAACACAGAUACACUGCAUGACAAAGACAUUCCUUUUCUAAAGGGAGAUUUAGAUUUGUCUGGGAGCAUCCUUUAUAUUAUGGAUUCUAAUUUUGCAGCCUUUUGUGGACAUUUGACAGGUCCGAGGACUGCUAACUUUGGACCUCACUAGCCCAUAUUUAUCCCCCAAAAAACAAAUAUGGUUUUCUUUUUGCAAAGAAAAUAUAUCUAUAUUAAUUAUGAAUCAGUCUACAAUAUUUUUAAUGUAUAAUCAAUUAUUCCUUUGCAGUAGAAUACAGAGCCAUCUAAUCCCAAGCAUUUACUAUUUAAUUUUAAUAAAACUGGAGAAAAAGCUAAUUGUAACAACAACUUUGUGACAUACAACUCUUAAGAUGUCUCUUCUUAUUAAAAUUAGUGACUAAUGCAAUCUUAAUCGUAUUGUAUUGAUAUGUUAGAUAAGAUCUAGACGACACAAAUAUACUAAGCAUCCAAAUUUUAAGCUCUUAGAGAUAAAUAUUUUGA